AUGAUACCACCAUCACCGAUAAUAAAAUCUCAACCACAGCAGCAACAACAACAACAAUCAUCACAAACAAAUAUUCAAGAAGCAAAAAGCAUUACGAUAAUAUCGAAAAACUUACAACGUUCAAAUUCUUUAACAAUUCCAAACAAUACAAACGUAAUUGCGGAUACAAAUCGUCUUUUGAUUAUAAGUAGUGAUAAAAGAAGUGCCGAAAAAUUAUGCAGUAUCAAUAGUAAAGGUUUAUCUAAUAAUUCUAUUGGAAUAAAUCAAUCGCAGAAAUCACAGCAGCAUUCACAGCAACCACAAAAUUUUAAUAAAAAAUUACAGCAAUUACAACAGUAUCAUCAACAGAGAAUAUCUAAUGUAAAUUAUAUGAAUAAUUUAAUGACAUCUAAUUGUGGUCGUAAUCCACACCAACAUCAACCCCAUCAUCAUCUUCAGAAUCAUCAUCAGUAUCAGCAGCAGCAGCAACAACAGCAACAUAAUUUUCAUCAGUCGCAUCAUUUAAAUAAUCCAACAAAUUUUCAAAAUGGGCAACCGAAUUUUAUACCACCUCCAACGAUUAAUCUGUUUCCACCUCAAAUUACAAAUCAAUCAAAUUUUUUAAAUUAUGCACAACGUGUUUCUUAUCAACAACAACCACAAAGUCAGCAACAGCAACAACAAAAUAUUUUGUCAUCACCUUUAUCAAAUCAACAUUUUCAUCAUCAAAACCAACCACCACCACUGCAACCACCGUCAUCACAUCCUCAUAAUCAUAUUAAUUCUAGUACGGUUUCAAAUUCAGCUAAUGGGUGGGCAGGGAUUCCUUUAAUCUCAAAUAGUUCCGCUAUAAGACGACCAAGAAAAAUUUCAACAAAUUCUUAUAACACUAAUAAUAACAGUGCGCCAACUGCAGUUUCAAAUAAAAAUGUUUUAAAUGGUAUUAGUUCACAACAAAAUUCAGGUCAUCAAAUACAAAAAAAUAAUCAACAUAAAUUUUUGAUUACAAAUUCUACUUCUGAAUAUGAUGAAAAUGCAAUGUCAAAGCUUGCAAUACACGCACAUGGCGUGCCACUAAUUUUGGCUGGCCGUUAUAAACAUUCACGAAAUAAUUAUAGUAAGAAUAACGCAAAUAGUCGAAAUACACCCAGUAGUAACAACAAUACGCGUUCUGAUACUACUAUCAAAAAUGAUAAUGAAAAUCAUAAUUGCAAUUUAAGCGAAGUUGAUAAAGCUAACAAAAAAAGGGAUGAUAAAAAUUAUAAAAAUGAUAAAAAUCAGGUUGAGUUGAUUAAAAAUGAUUCUGUUGAAUGUGUACAAAAAUUAAGUAUUAGUAAUGUAGAAAAUUCUAGUUAUAAUGAUUGUAAUGAAAAAAUUUCUUCAUCUUCGUCACUGUCCUCUUCUUCGUCUGAUUCGGUAUCAGUAAACAGCGAUGAGUGUAAUACACAAUCGAAUUCAAAUAAUACUAAAAAUAAUAAUUUACAGGAUACUUGUUUACCGAGGAUUAUUAAGCCACGGAAACGUCGUAAGAAAGAUCGUAAAAUGCCUGGAAAUGUUUAUGUUUCAAAUGACCAAACAUCAUCUUCAUUACCAUCAUCAUCUUCUGUGAAUAAUGGUAGUCAAACAAAUGUAAACAAUAAUGGAAAUCUUUAUAAUGAUUCGUCUAAAAAUAUAGAAAAUAAACAUUUGAAAUCAUUUAGUAUAACUCGAACACCAUCAGUCAAAACGGAAAUAAUAAACAAAAAUUAUAAAUUAAUAAAUCAAUGUAAUCAAACUAUGAAAAUUCCAAAUAGUACACCAAAACAUGAUUUUAAGUCAACUUCUUCAACAUCAUCAAUAACUUCAUCCUCUGUAUCAUCGUUAUCAUCAUCGUCACAAGGAAUCGGAAAUGGUACAACGCCAUCCACUACACUUUGUUUUUGCCGACAAUGUGAUCCUUCUUGUCGUAUAUGGGCAUUCCCAUUGCGGAGAUCAUGUUCUGAUAAUUCAGCUGAUAUUCAACGUACCAAAAAUGUUGGUGUGAUUGGUUCAGGUUCAACAAGAAAUAAUUCAGCUAACAGAUCAUCAUGGAAUUCUGAUAAUAAAAUUAUGUCAACAUCUUUAUCAACUGCAUCAUCUUCACGUAAUGGUAGUUUUAGUGAUUCAAUUGAUUCAUCAAAUGAAGAUUCAUUAUCAGGAUGUCAGAGUCAUGAUUCUAUUAUAUUAAAUGCAAAUUUCUUAUUUAGUGACACCACAACAACAUUAUCAAAUAAUCAAAUUAAUAAUAUUUUUAAUAAUAGUAAUAAUAUUACCUUAUUAGAUAAUUUAGAUUGUAAUAAUGACAAUUCAUAA